CCGGCCAAAUACAUUUCAACUUCGCUGUAAGGCUCGAGCGGGAAGUAAGUGUAAUUGAGCGUGGAAAGAGUUAGACUACAUAAUUACCGGUUAAUCCUCUCACGGAUCAGUUUAUUACCAGUCUAAACAUGAGAGAACUCGAAACUUUGGAAGAGUUUGAAAAAUUCCUCAAAGAGGCAGGUUCAAAACUGGUCGUUAUUGACUUUUUCGCAGAUUGGUGUGGUCCAUGCAAGAUGAUCAAACCAAAAUUUGAGGCAAUGAGUAAGGAAUUCCAGGAUGUGGAAUUUGCAAAAGUGAAUGUGGAUGAAAAUUCGGAUACUGCUGAAAACCAGGACAUUUCUGCUAUGCCAACUUUUAAGUUUUAUAAGAAUGGUAGUAAGGUAGAUGAAGUCACAGGAGCAAACGAGGCUGAAAUUCGUUCAAAAAUCAUGCAGUACAAGUAAUAACUUAGGAUUUCAAAGGGGAACAUGUUCUUCAGGCUCUUAAUUUUCUUUUUAUGAUUAUUGAUUAUAACAGACACCCAUUAGAAUUACCGUACUUCAAUAAAAGUGAUAUAUGAAAGUUGA